AUGUCCACAAGGCGACAAAUCUACCCGGUAAACCGAUCGGCACUUCCACAAACUCGCCAGAGACACGAGGAACACCCUACCAUGCCUACAGAUAUCUCAAGCCGCAGGCCACGUCCUGCCAAUCACACAUCAUCACUGGCACCAGGCUUGAACAAUUUCAGCCCCCACGGGAACUCCGUCCAACGCCAAUCUAAUGCUACUAUGGAUGUCUGGUCUGGCAAUUAUGGUCUAGCGCCCGCGUAUUAUGCAAAUACAUAUGGGUCUGAGAUGGGAAUGAAUUACUACUACACUCUCGGAACUUUAUCUGACGAGUCUUCUCCUGCAAAUGUUCCUAAUGCACUACAGCCUAAUCGCGCAGGCUCAUCCCGUUCCGACCACCGCCGUGAGCCCGCUGAUAUUGACUUGAGGUGA